AAUCUACAUAGGUUCUAGUUUUCAAUAGGCUAAAAAUUGCACAAUAUCAUAUUCUCCAAUACCAGUCAGUAUUCCAUGUUUACGUAGUUCUUCCCCUGGAGUAUAAAUAAGUGCACUGGAGUACAAGUUUAAAACCUGCUGCACACAGCUGGCACAGCGAGAAAGUAAAAAUGGGAAAUUCAACAAUCCUUUCAAAAUGUGACAAGACAAGUGAUGAUAAUAAUAUGGUAAUGAAAAUUGCCGGUUCAAUGCUUUAUAUUACACUGAUUUUGGUCAUGAUUUCCAUGGGCUGCGCCGUUGAUUUGAAGAAAUUGUGGGCUCUUGUUAAGAGACCAUGGGGUCUUGCCGUUGGUGUUGCUUGCCAGUUUGGAUUUAUGCCACUCAUUGCAUUUACUCUUGCAACUUCUUUUAAGUUGAAAUCUCCUCAGGCAUUUGCUGUUCUUUUUAUGGGCUGUUGUCCUGGAGGGAUUAUUUCCAACAUAAUGAGCUACUGGGCAGAUGGAGACAUGGAUCUCAGUAUAUCCAUGACGGUCUUCUCUACAAUCCUGGCUACUGGCUUCAUGCCUCUGAAUGUUUUUAUCUACUCACCCGCCUUUAAACAAGCCAAUGUUUCUUCUGCCAAUAUUUCUUCUGCCAACAAUUGUUCUAGCAACAUCAAUUUUCAAGAACUUUACAAGAAUAUAGGUUUUACAUUGACUACUUUGAUCCUCCCAAUAGUAUUUGGAAUUUUCAUUGCAUGGAAGUGGCCAAAGCAAUCAAGAAUUCUUCUAAAGUGUGGGGCCGUUGCUGGAGCAGUCAUAUUUUUUAUCAUAGCAGUGACAACCACACUGCUCUACAAAGGAGCAUGGAAAGCUGACUUGCUAUUACUCAUCAUAGGAGCCAUCAACCCUAUGAUUAGCUACACUGCAGGUUUUUUUGUCGCUCUAAUCUUACGGCAAUCAUCGAAGAGGUGUCGAACAAUAGGUUUUGAAACAGGGGCACAAAAUGGACAACUUUGUGUAGCAAUCCUAUCUGUAUCCUUCAGUACAGAAGAUCUCAAGUUAAUGCUUGCAUACCCUGCCAUUUAUAUUUUGUUUCAAGUAGUUAAUGGAUUUAUAUUAGUCUCUGCCUAUCAACUAUACAAAAGAUUCAGAACUUCACCUGAAGUAUAAGUGGAUUCAUCUUGUAAUGGCCAGAGGAAAUUCAGUGGCCAAAGAAUGAAGAGCAAGGCACCAGCAGACAAGAACCCUGAUGAAAUUAAUCAACUUACGAAGCAGUAUUAAAUAUAUCAGAAGCUUCAGAAGGAUUCCUAGAAAAGGAUUAGAUUUUCUUUUUCUAAUUCUUGAUAUUCCUUCAUUGCCUAGUAAUUUCUUACAUACUCCGUAUUUCCUUUUAAUGGAUUCUUUUGAUUUUUACAUUAAAUUGCAAUACCAAUAUAUUUCUGUGUUUAAACUUAUUAUUAGUGAGAAGUUAAAAUGGCACUUCAACUUAAGGAUAUUGGCACAAGAGUAGGUAUUUAUUUAAUAAAAUUUAAUGAAAAAAAGGAUUUAUAAUGAGCAGAUUAAAUGAUUGUUCCCAGAGUAAUUUUGA